CUAUUAUUGUUUCCAGGGGUUUGGCUCCUGUCGGGGAGUCUCGUGCUGCGCGCACCCGGAACCAUAGAAGGGGGAAGACAUUCACGGUAGGACACUGGUGUAAAGAUGGCAGACGUACCAGAUAAUGCUCCUGAACAUUGCCCAGGUACAUCAAGUGAGCAAGCAGGAAAGGCUUCGUCAUGCGAGGGCUGCCCCAACCAGAAUCUGUGCGCUUCAGGAGCCACCAAGGCCCCAGACCCCGCCAUAGCAGAGAUAGGAUUGAAGAUGUCGACGGUCAAACACAAGAUCCUGGUUCUGUCGGGGAAAGGAGGAGUUGGGAAGAGCACGUUCAGCGCCCACCUGGCCCACGCUCUGGCCAGCGACAGCGCCAAGGAGGUCGCCCUGCUGGACGUAGAUAUCUGUGGUCCGUCCAUUCCAAGGAUGAUGGGCUUGGAGGGAGAACAAGUUCACCAGAGCGGCUCAGGCUGGUCUCCUGUGUAUGUGGACGACAACCUGGCGGUCAUGUCUAUCGGCUUCCUGCUCAGUAGCCCUGAUGAUGCUGUGAUCUGGAGAGGACCCAAGAAGAAUGGGAUGAUCAAGCAGUUUUUGAGGGACGUCGACUGGGGGGAGUUGGAUUACCUCAUCGUGGACACACCCCCCGGCACCUCUGAUGAGCACCUGUCUAUAGUCCAGUACCUCAGCUCCACCCACGUCGAUGGAGCCGUCAUCAUCACCACACCACAGGAGGUGUCGUUGCAGGAUGUGCGGAAGGAGAUCAGAUUUUGUCAGAAGGUCAAGCUGCCCAUCAUCGGAGUGGUGGAGAACAUGAGCGGCUUCGUCUGUCCUAAAUGCAAGAACACGUCGCAAAUCUUCCCCCCCACAAGUGGAGGUGCUGAGCAAAUGUGUGCGGAUCUAAAUCUACCUCUGCUGGGAAAGGUACCUCUCGACCCGAGGAUAGCGCGGAGCUGCGACGAGGGCAAAUCGUUCCUCAGUGAAGUACCUGACUCUCCUGCUGCCAAAGUCUUACAGAGCAUUGUGCAGAGUAUCCAGGACUACUGCUCCAGUCACGUGACAGAGGAGCAGGGCGCCACCUGAAGACUCACUGUGCUAAAGAGGAGCCUAGAAGAUCAGAGCUCGUCCCGGUGUCAUCAACGUCUCUGUAAUUCACCAAAGGAUAUAAGUUUGGUGAGCGGCUCAAAGAAGCACUUAGAUUUUGAAUAUUGAUUCUUGAAUUACAAGUCGUUCCUACUAUAGAUGUAAAACUCUAUAUAAAAAAAAGCAGGUCAUGAAUACAAUCGUCUAUAUAAUUCCCUACAACAGCUGGGCAUUGUAGUUUAUUACUGAACAUUACUCUUUAUUCAGCUAUAAAUUACUCGAGUGAGUAUUUACUGCAGCGGAAUAUUGUUUAUAGGUUUGACUCAAAAUAACCUACAGUGCUAAAUGACAGUAUAAGAGGAACAUGUCACCCAGUGCAACACUGUGGGUUAAUAUACCCGUUUGUAAUAAAGGAUAAAAUGUAUUGAAUCUUGAUUGAUUUUGAUAAUUUCAUGAGAUUUUGUUGACAUUUUAAAAAACUGGAAUAUUGCCACAUUCAUUUUAAGUGAAUUAAAGUGCAGGCAGGGGAACUGUGCAGUGCCUGAGGCCCGUUCUGGUACAAUCCCAUGUGAACUCUUUUUACAAGAUGAAAAGAUAAAAACUCGUGACUGUGUUUGGGGAAGUUAAACCUGUUGAUUGUGGUUUUAAUUGGAGCCAUUUUGCUAUGUUUGUGGGUCCACUGGUUCUCAUUGUCCCUGGUUUCUGUGAAUCCAUAGUAAGCAGGAAGAGAGAGUUAAAUCCCGACACAGCGAUGGUUAGAUUUCAUCACAUGUAGUUUACCAGUCAACCAAGUCUUCUAAAUACCGAGCACAGAAUCGUCAUGUUCAAAUUGAAGCCACUCGUUUGACUUGGCCUCCUCAGUGAUUGUUAUUUGAUCCAUUUUCAACUCAGCUGGGUUUUGUUUUUAACCUGCAGCUUAUUCCGUUCACAUCACACUCACAAUCUGUUGUUCCUCAUUUAAAGUAAAUAUACACAUGCACAUCAUGUGAGUCCUUGUUUUGAGUUAUUUUGUGUGAUUACUAUGAUGAUUUGUGAAAAAUGCUCUUCGUGUGAUGUCUGUACACGUGUUGACUGUCCAAAAUAAAUGACCAAACAUGAAA